AACAAGAUUAAAAAAUCUCGUAUUUUCUCAUGCUCAAUUGUCGUAAACUGCGAAUUGUAUAAUAUAUAUAUUGGCGGGAAAGAAUUUUCUUUACUAUUAUAAUUUGUUCUGUGCUUCAGAAAUGUCUGAAAUAUCAACAAGUUAUAUCAAGCUGUUAUCACUGAAAUGUCUGGAAUUGCUAUUGCUCGACUUGCUGAAGAACGAAAAGCUUGGCGAAAAGAUCACCCUUUUGGAUUUGUGGCCAGGCCUACAAAGAAUCCUGAUGGUUCUCUAAACCUUAUGAAUUGGGAAUGUGCCAUUCCUGGGAAAAAAUCAACAGCCUGGGAAGGUGGAUUAUAUAAUCUAAGAAUGAUAUUCAAAGAUGAUUACCCUUCAACUCCUCCUAAAUGUAAAUUUGAGCCUCCUCUUUUCCACCCAAAUGUUUAUCCAUCUGGAACAGUAUGCCUUUCUCUUUUGGAUGAAGAAAAAGAUUGGAGACCAGCUAUUACUAUAAAACAAAUCCUUUUGGGGAUACAAGAUCUCCUAAAUGAACCAAAUAUCAAAGAUCCUGCUCAAGCUGAGGCUUAUACCAUCUAUUGUCAGAACCGAUUGGAAUAUGAAAAAAGAGUUAGGGCUCAAGCGAAAUCUAUGGCACCUCAAGAAUAAUUUGGCAUGGACACACACUUAUUACAAACAUUUAAAUUAUUGAUUUUGUAAUGUUGGGGAAAGAUAUCUCCGUAAUAAAUGUUGCCUCUCAGCUCAUCGGUCAUCUAGUUUUUUUUAUCAAGCGAGAACUGAUUUUCAUCAGAUUGAACUACCUUAUGAAGGUUGUUUGGUGUGGUCUUUCUUUUUAUGCUUUAUCAUCAUUCAAUAUUCAUAUGUAUUAUAGACUGUAUUUUAAUCUAUGAGGUAUUCCAAAACUUUAAAAUUUUUGAUUCAUAUUUUCCAAGCAUCCAGAUACCUGUUGCCUGAUUAGCAAUUUUAGAUAAAAUGUUUGUGAAGAUUGUACAUAAGUUUCAUUUCUUUUUCCUUUUCUGAGUGUAAAAUUCAUGCGUUGUGUAUUUACUGUUUCAGUAUGUCUUUUAAUAUUGUAAAAUGUAUUUGACUCAUUUCUCUUAAAGAAUUAAAAUUUUGUCUUAUGAA